UUUAUAUAAUACACCAUGUGGCGUGUACGAUAUAAAUACAUUAGUACAUUACACUUUUUCAUUAACCUUUUUAUUUAUCAAACCUAUUAUUUUAUCAAACCAGUAUUCAGGCGGAGGCAAGGCUAUUAACGAGUUGUAAAAUCAGAGAGCGCGGCGGUCGGCAGCGGCGACUCGUCGAAUUGUCUCCAUUGCUGGAUGACAUAGGCGGCGUUCGACAGUCGCAAUAGUGAGCAUGCCCAAACAGUGUGCGUACACAAUGAACACCAUCCGAUCGUAUUUCACCGCCACCGUCGCGUUUCUCGUUGUCGCGAUCGGCGGCAGAGUCGCGUCUUCCAAGAAUAUUAUCGUGCCGGUCAGGAAGUGCUGUCAGAUGGAACGGCAUUACGAUCCGGAAGUGCGGUUCUGCAGCAGAAUCUUUAAGGGCAAGAUGGAGCGAAAUAAGCUGCAGGUAAGGGUAACCGCCAAUGUGAUGUUGGAUAUGCACUAUCAUGGGCAGCUAUAUUGCAACGCCACGGAAGUGCUAGUCGACAUGCCCACCGCGGAGGUGCGUGGGCUGAUAGAGGCGCACCCGUCGCCCAUCAAGUUACCGCCGAACUACUGCUUCGACCUGACGCCGUCCUACAAGCUGGUGGCCCAGACGUGUCGGCCACGCGCUCAGUACUGCGGCCGGGGCAAUUACACGUGCGUCAACAAGUGCUGCCAGCCCGGAUAUAUAUUCGUCGGCGACCCCAACUCCGAUGUGUUGUCGAAGACUUAUAGCGAGGUGCCAUUCACGUUGUCCACCUAUGAAACAGACGCAGGCGGAAGUCCGGUGGGCCUGUCGAACAACACGGUGCUACCGUACUACCUCACACCCUCGUGUGGUUUUUUCAGGUUAAUGGACGAUAGGUUCAUGUUGACUACGGAUGGCAACCUUUUCCUUCUCCACGAAGGCGUCGAAUGGAUCUUACCGUACACAGAGUUCUGCUUGGAGUAUUACACCAAGGACGGGCCACCGGAGGCCGCAGGUCUGAGGGCGUUCCUGUGCACGAAUGCCAAACCACCGGUCGGUUUCCUUUUUUGGGUUAAAACCCUGACUGCCGUGUGCCUGGUGCUCACACUGAUCGUGUACGUCACACUGCCUUACCUCCGGAACGCCCAUGGCUACUACGUCAUGUUCUACAUGGCCUGUCAGCUCGUGAACUUCAUCUUCGAUUUGAUCUAUGAUUUGGUACAAGACGACAUAGACAGCCCGUUGUGCAUUCCAUUUGGUUAUUUAGCUUUCUUUUCAACUCUGACAACAUGUUGCUGGUUAAAUGUGAUAUGCUUCGAUAUUUACUGGAUGUUAAGAUACAGCAAUUCAAUAAACAGAAAUACAUCAAAAUCAGUACGUACCAUUAUGUACCAUAUUUACUGUUGGGGAUUUUCAAGUAUUUUCGUAUCUACUGGCUAUUUAUUUCAACAUUCACAAAGCGAAACGCUACGGGGAUUAGCACCAGAUAUUGGAAAAUAUCAUUGCUAUUUUGCCGGACGCUCUAACCAUGGAAAUUUAAUUUUCUACUGGAUACCCACCUGUGGUAUGCUGACUGCCAAUUUGAUUUUGUUCUUACUAACUACUAUUCACUGUUUAAGAAUUAAAUCUGAACUCAAUAAAUUCAGACAAACCAAUUCAAAAACAGAAAUGUUUCUUGUUUACAAAGAGAGAUUCGUAAUGAGCAUCAAACUAUUUCUGGUUUUUGGAAUACCAUUUUUAUUUUAUAUGCUAUCUGAGUUAUUCCUAUUUAAAGGGAUCAAAAAGGUAAUUAUAUAUGCAAUUACCGAUCUACAAGGAAUUUAUAUAUUUAUUAUAUUUGUGGCCAAGCGAAAAGUUAUUAUGGACUUCUGGAAAAAGUUUAGAGGUUCAAUGGAUUACAGUGAUGUGACACAAAGUACCACUAUCUCUAGAUCGUCAUAAAAAUGGCACUGAACAGUGCUCAUAAAAGUUAUAAUGAUUUCUAAAUGCAAUAUACUAUGUAGAUAUUAUUAUAAUAUUAUAUAUUAAGACUGUAGGCUCUCAAGCUUAAAAAAAAUCAUUAUUUUUGUGUCUUUAAAUAUUACUUUUUGUU